AUGUUGCGCAUUCGGUCGAGCAGACCCAGCUCCUCAUACGGUGACGGCGACGACAACGUCUUCACCACCGCGACCCAGACCAGCUUCCAGAACGCGAACGACAUUCUACACUCCACUCCUCAGCAACAGCAUACCGACGACGCGCACGCAUUGCCGCUCCACUACAACCAGCAUCCCCACAUAUACGACCAAGACACGCAGGGCAGUGCAGACAUGUCAAUCGAGCUGGGGCGCGGUGUGAAGAGAAGUGCACAGCAACAGGACCAAGACCUCUCCUCCAACGCCAUCUUCAACGUUGGGAACGACAACAGCCAGCACGACUUUCUAGACACCCCCCCAUCUCGUCCGCGCAACGCCCAGCGCAAGUCGGAUGGCACCCUUCGCAAGGAGGCCUCGAUCCGCCGCGCUACCGAGUCUGCCCGCGCUAAUGAUACCAUGAAGCGAUCGACCGCUGGAACACGACGAGCUGUGUCUGAGUCUCAAGCCAGGAAAGGCGCUGACGUAGAACCGGCGCAAGAGACUGCAACGGCAACGGUGAUGGGAACGCGCUUUUCCCAGCGUGUGUCUUCAUCCUACAACAUUCCCACUCGCUACACUGCAACGAUGGGCCUAGCUUCUGCGCACAGUACUCCAAGACGACAGGCUGCUGGAAAUGCCACUGUCCAAUCGACCACCAACUCUGUCAACCACUCUUUUAUGCUCCCAGAUGUUGCGAACAUCACAGAAUUAAUAUCUGGGCCAAGAGCGAAUGGCACUCCAUUGGUUCGGCAGACUGCUACUACGCGCUCCCGUUUCUUGUCGACAUCAUACAGGGGAGAGUCGCAGACACAGACUCAUUGGCCUGUGACAGCAGUGGGCUUGCCGGAAGAUGAAAAAGCCAUUUUCGCUUCUCUCCAGAUGCUGCAUGAUAGAGUCAAUCAGCUCGAACAGGAGAAGAACGAGGCACAGAAGCACAUUGAGGAAUAUGAGCGGGAGGUCAUUGAGCUUCGGAGCCAACUGCAGGUAGUCGAUGGCCGAGCAGACAGCGGACUUGGUUCUGAAGAAGACAACAGGGAAAUGAACUUUGUUGCUGCACAGAAGGCUAAGCUCCAGGCCAAGCUCAAGGCUGCCGAAGACAGACUGGAGCGAUCCGAGCGCAAGGCAAGCGUUUCUAACAUAACCGUAACUCGUGUCACCAAGGAGCGGGAUAUCUUGCUCAGUCAGCUAGCGACAGCUUACUUCAAGAAUGAAGUGCUCGAGGAGGAGAACGAGGCCUUUCGCGAGAGCCUCGGUGAGUUGCGAACUGCAAAUGAAGACUUGAGAGCUCGGGUGCGAGAAUUGGAGGAUGAGAAGGCCCUACUGCGCACUGAACUUCCCUCGCAGAGCGCGUCAGACAAGCACGAGAAAGGUGCAGCCAGGCGUCGAACUUCAUCGAAACAAAUGAACGACAGACCCGACGAUAUUUCGGAUGGCAUAGAUCUUGGCUACAAAGCAUUCGGUGAAGAGCAGCCAAGGCGUCAAUGUGAGCUCGACAGGACCGGUAGCAAAAACGAUCAACUCGGAGAGACUAUAGUGCAAGAGCUCGCCUCGCGAACGGAACAAGAGAUACAAAAGCACAGAGAUGCCCGAAUGGCCGAACGAGCACAGAAUAAAGCCCAGCGUCCGUCGACUGCGCGCUCACGGUCUCAUUCACGGCGGAGAACGAGCUUGAUUGAAACCGAUGGUCUGCGUCGACAAACUCCAGCUCCUGUUGAGAUAGAGCGAACAAAGUCGUUCUCUGUCGGAAAUGAUACCAGCACGCGAAAGUCUUCUCUUUCAACGAGGUUAACCGAGCAAUUCGAACAUGAUCUCACAGUCCUGAGUGACCUGGAUCCCCUCGAUGUUGCGCGCUUACGGAGAAAGCUGGAGGAAGAACUGCAGGCAAAGCAUUGUGGAAUCAGCGAACAGGUCCGUGUCCAUGAGGAGACUGCUGUUACUGGAUACUCAACAUCCCAUCGCUCGCUUUCCCGAAAACCCUCGCUCAAAGACACCACAGCCACCGUAGGUCGUCUCGAUCUUGGAGACGACUCAAUCGACGACAUUCUGAAAGUGACGAAAUCCGUCCGCGUGCAAUCGCCUCACACAUCAGACGAGAUCUCACAUUCCGACGAUCACACUGUGAACCUGGAACACAUCUCAUCUCUGAGCAAUAUCAGCCGCCGCAGGAGACGCACUGCUAGCGCAGACGGGAUGACAUCCGCCUUCAUUCUACCCGAUAUCGACUUGAACACGAGCAGUUCGCUACCCACCAGCUCCAGAAGUAAAUGUAUUCAGCAUCGAGCCAGCCAGUGUACCGCAUGUGAUCACGAGGAUACUCAGGUCGACAUUCCAACGCCGGUGCCAGUCACUGAGCGCGAAGACAUAGCUGACACGACCAAUGCUACUGUCAGACCAUCGCAACCUCCCGCUGAAGCACUUGCAAAGGUCAUCAAGAAUCUUGAGGAUGAGAUCAAGCACCUCAAGCUCAGACGCGAUGCCAAGAAUCGCAUCUACAAUCAGCAUGAACCAGCGCUGGCGAGACGAAAGCGAGUUGCUGUCAAAGAAUCGAUUGAUGCUCUGACUGCAGAAAUUGAGAGAAAGAGUGACCAGGUCUAUGCACUGUACGACGUUCUCGAGGGUCAGAGGGACUCCACGUCAGGCAAGGGAGACCCUGAAGUGAAGGAUAUCGAUGUUGAAGAGACUCUGCAGAGCCUUGCCAUUGAUCCGGCGGAUCUUUCUGGGAGAGUGGGAAGAAAGGCUCCAGUAGGUCUGGAUGGCCUGGAUGAUCUGAGUGAUGACAGCGAGUUGCCAUUCGAGGGGUUUAGCGAGGUGGAAAGCGAGGUAGGGGGAAACAAGUGA